AAAAUUACAAAGCAAAAUGAUGUCGCUGCGUUGAGCAAAUGAGUAGUGUAAUGUUAUCUUCUUCCUCUUCCUCCAUGGCUCUCCAUCGCCUGCUCCGACCCGCUCCCAUCCUUUCUUUCUCCUUCCUUAAGCAAUCUCUCUCUCUUUUUCCCCAUCAAACGACGUCACUUCAUCCCAUCACCAACAAUUCUCCUUCCUUCUUCCCCUCUCUUCGGACCCAUACAUCAAUCUUCCUUCGUUCUAGAACUUUCUCGAACCUUCCAAUUAGCUGUACUUCUCAAGCUCUCUUGGAAUCUUCUGAGGAUGUGGAAGCCGAGGAAACUGUAAAAGAAAAUGAAGAAGUUACUGCCCCCAGGCCUAGUGAGUCUGAGAGAAAAAUAUUAAGGGCGAAAUUGCCGAACCUGACUGUGAAGGAGAAGAAAGAAUUGGCAUCGUAUGCACAUAGUUUAGGGAAGAAGCUAAAGAGCCAACAGGUUGGCAAAUCUGGUGUUACUGAUACUGUGGUAAUGGCUUUAGAGGAGACUCUUGAAGCUAAUGAGCUUCUCAAGCUCAAAAUCCAUGGUACCUGUCCCGGAGGAGAGCUGGAUGAUGUUGUAAAGCAUUUGGAGGAAGCAACUGGCUCAGUGGUUGUUGGUCAAAUUGGUAGGACUGUGAUUCUCUACCGUCCAAGCCUGACAAAAAUGAAAGCUGAAGAGAAGAAGAAACAGGCUCAAAUUCUUUUUUUGAAAAAACAAAAACAAUAUGCAGAGAGGCGAUCAUUUCAGGAUAAAGGACCGGUACCUAGAUCAUAUGCUCGUAGUCGCCGAGGAAGUAGCAGGGUUUGAUCUUUCAUUGUGGCUCAUUUCUUAAUUUCCUUUCCGCAGUAGCCACCACAAUACUCCCAUGGCUCAUUGUAAGGGAAUAGUGGACACUAUUCAUGGGUCCUUGAUGUCUUAAUUUUUUACAGUCUCGUAAUCAUAGUUCUGACUUUUUGUGGUCACUGCACUGGGAAAACCCCAUCAUUCUAUUUAUGUUUGUUUAGUUGAUGUAACUUUAGACGAAUCACACGCUUCAAAGUAAUUAUAUGUCAAAUACUGCACAGCAUAUUAAUAAGUAGAUUGGUAACUCA